CCUGCAGUGCGUAGGCGGUUGUCGUUGACUGACGUCGUGGCCAACAGCACGUGCUUACCGAGGCGGCGCGUGCAGCAAAAAGGAGUAACAGCAGCUGUAGUGGCCCACAACAACAACAACAACAACGACGGCAGCAGAAGCAUCAGCAGCCGAGCAGCCAGUUGAAAAGCUACACACAGAGUAUACAACACACAGCGCUAGUAUCACAACAACAAGCUCUUUGGGCUAGGCCGCGAGAAGGGAGGUGACGAGCGGGGAGAGAUUUUAACUUGAGUGAAAUACAAGCAGUUGAAGAAGAAGCAGCAGGACAAUUCACCAAAUUGCAAAUGUGUGUAAAUACACAGUGUGUGAGCAAGAGGAGGGAUGGAGAAAGGAACUGGGAUAGAGAGUGAGUUAGUGGGAAUGACAAUGAAAACUCGACAAUAAAUUAGCUGUAAACUGCACCUUGUUAUUUGCACAUGAAUUGAAAGUGGAUUAUAUAUUUUGCUAUUAUAUUAAUAACAACACACAAAAGGAGACCAGAAGAACCAGCAGUAAUCAAAGUUAAUUUACCAACACAAGAAACGUAAACGUGAAAUUCUAUUUACGCAAAUAAUGCUCCGCAAGGAGCGCGGAGAAGAAAGAAGAAGACGGGGCGAAUAAGUAGGCAACAUAAGAAUUAGGAGCAGCAGCCGGAGAAGCAGGCAGCGCGCAAACAGGAUACUUAAAAUAUCAAGGCAAACACACACACAAACACGAGUACACACGCACACGCACUUGCCCGAAGGAGGUUCAUAUUUUUGGCGAAAAAACACAAAACCACUGCACGAAAUAAAUAGAAUAUAAACCCAACAACGCUGAGGUGUAUGGCCCAAAGGCAAGGCAAACAAACAGAGCCCAAAAAAAGAGGAGAAGAAGAAGCGAAACAUAAAGAUGCCAAAAUGCUGGACGGAGAUUGAUGCUGGCUGCCAACGAACAGCACCCACUACAACAACAACCACAAGCACAGCAGCAGCAGCAACAACUGCAACACAAAUAAUAAGGCCGAGACAAACGACAACCAAGAACAACAGCAACAAGAGCAACAGCAGCAGUGACAACCGCCAAAUGUGAGCAGACAAACGACAGCAAUCGAGAUAUACCGACUUCGAAAUACCUCGCGAUUAAGCCAUGAACGCACUCGAUAUGAAUAAACAAUUUCUGAGCGUCUCCCAGGACCAUCAUCAUCAGACCUCGGUGGCGGACCAGCGGAGUCGCUCAAGAUCGGAGCGCGCCGCCAGCCUGGCGCUGCCUCUCAACUCGCUGCUGGACUUCUACGACAAGCAGCAGGAGCAGUGCAAGUCCGUGACCCUGCUGCCGUUGCCCAGCAACUCCGGCGGCAUCAGCGAGAGCAGCGACCUCACCAGCAGCAACAGCAUCGUGCGGCGACACUCCUCCCACUACUAUCCAAUGCUCGAGGACAAGCAGAAGCCGUCGCAGCUGCCCCAGGCAGCCACCGAAAUGCUUGUAAACAUGACGGAGCUAAAAUAUGGCCAGUCAGCGCACCAGAGGGCCAUCGCGGGUGGAAGGCAGGUCCAUCAGCACCAGCAGCACUUGGUGCGGGUGGACACCCCAGUGACGCCCCCGCCUCCCAUUCCAAGGCGUCUGCUGCGCGGCAAGUCCUCCUGGCAGGCGUCGAGUCACCCACUACCACUCUCGGCUGGCGGACAGGAUGGCGCCAACGGCACGGGCACAGUAUUUGUUUAUCCGCAGCCAGAAGACGUGACCGCAGAGGCAGUAGUCCGGGGAUCAGGCGACGGACAAGGAGGAGGUACCGGGCUGCAAUCAGCACUGCUUGUUGACAUAGCCACACGUCCGGCGUCCGGAUAUGCGGAUGCCGAUGGGAUUUCCGAUGAUGACCGCAUGAGUCUGGAGAACUCCGUGUUCGACGAAUCGCUGACAUCCACGCCCGUCAAGGUCGCCGGCUAUUUGACCGGCCGCUACGCCGGGCUAAGUCACAUGGCCAAGCGGGCGCAGCGCUCCUCCAGCAGCACCGUGGAUUCCGCCUACGGCUCAUCGCUGGGCGGGCACAGUGAGCGGUUCGCCAGCAGCUCGACUAGCGUGGACUUUCGCAGUCGCUUUUCCUCGGUGGACACCCAGUCCUCGCUCGAUGAGAAGCCUCUGUCCAGUUCGAUUGACACGCCGGUGGCCAGAGAUCCCAGGGAGGCGUACAGGGAACGUGCUGUGCUUAACGAUGCCAUGCAUAAGCUGAAUAACAACAACACCAGUCUGGGACUUGCCCUUUACACGGCCAGCAAUAACAACAACAGCAGCAGUGUUGGAAGUGAUGGUUCCAAGCUACCAGUGGUUCCCGCCCGGAAGCAGCCGCCGUCAGCGAAGGGCUGCAGCAACAGCAACAGUAACCACUCGACCGGCGAAACUCAGUCCCAGAGCUCCAAAGAACCCAGCAGCGUCUCGGCCUCGGCCUCCACUUCGUCCGCCGCCUCAGCAGGAUCCAGCACUAUCUCCAGCGGCACCAUGUCUUCUUUGUCUGGGCCAUGUCCAGCCGUUGUGCCGCCCACUGAUUUUAUUACCAAACGUCCAGGGCCACCAGAACCACCAUUACGGCAGGCAAACGUAUUUGAUCCAGUGGAGACGGGAUCGCGGGGUCACCCGCCGCCUCCUUUAACUGUGCGGAAUAAGCUCGUGCGCAAUAAACCGCCGCCAAUUACGUACCCUCGGAUGCAACAGCGCCAGGACUCCACGCUGUCCAGCGAUAGCUACUCAAUCAGCUCCAGUCCGGGCUACAACUCCAAGCUUAUGGAAGCGCCACUGCUGGGUUCCCAGCAAGGGGGACGUAAGUCCAACGCACCCGGCACCGCGCAGCGCCAAACUCCGCUCAUGGAUUUGGCUCCCACUCGAUUUCUAAGCGGCGGCGGCGGAGGCAGCGGAGGACGCGGAGGUGGCAAGCAGGCUCCAGUAAUGCCGCCACCAAGGAGCAAGAUUAACUUUCGCCAGGACUCGACCAUCUCAAGCGACAGCUUUAGCCAGACGUCCAGUCCGGGAUACAAUUCGAAGCUCAUGGAGGCGCCGCUGCUGCCCUCGUUGUCCGCCAAGCGGCUGUGCAGUGCGCCAGCCCCGAUCGUGUGCCGUCAGGGAGUACAGCACGAGCCCAUCGAGGAGCUGGAACCGCCGCAGACGAUCUCGCCGCUUCAUAAGGCGGCUGGGCAGCCCAGCAGUCUGCAGACCAUCGUCCGCUUUCAAAAUGGAGCACCGCACACCAUGUCCUUACAGCAUCAGAUUAUUAACCGGCGCAAGAGCUCCAAUCCGUACAUCACAAACGGCCGCUUAAAGUUCCGCCUGUUUCAAAUCCUUAUCAACGCCUUUGCCCUGCUGGCCAUCGCCGGAGGUUUGGCUGCCUACUUUAAUGCAUAUCCGACUAUAAAGUUCGUGAACAAGACUAUCAUCAACACGAUUCACGUGGAGGACACCACAAGUUUUGGCAAGAAUCCAGCCCCAGGCACAUGCCUUCCCAUUAUUGUGCGAUUUUGCCAAGGUCCCCAGAUUCCCUACAACUACACCGUGUUCCCCAACUAUAUCGGCCACUUCGGCCAGUUGGAAACGCAAACGGACUUGGAUUCCUAUGAGGCCCUGGUGGAUGUGAGAUGUUACGAACUGGUGUCCCUGUUUCUCUGCACGCUUUUCGUGCCCAAGUGCGGGCAGAGCGGGGCCACGGUGCCACCUUGCAAAACGCUCUGUACGGAGACAAUGCGCCGCUGCGGCUUCUUCUUCGACGUUUUCGGACUGAGUCUGCCCGAGUACCUAAACUGCAAGCUCUUCAAGGACUUUCCCAGUUCCGAGGACUGCGUGGGGUUGGAUGAGGUUCGUGAGGUGAUGAGAGCCGCUACGCAUCCCAAGUGCGAUGGUUUCCAGUGCGACCAGAACCGUUGUCUGCCGCAGGAGUACGUGUGCGAUGGCCACCUGGAUUGCAUGGACCAGGCGGACGAGGCCAAGUGCGAGCGGUGCGGACCAGACGAGAUCUACUGCGGCGACAACCAGUGCAUCGGAACCAAGCACAUAUGCGACGGCAUCACUGACUGUCCCUAUGGCCAGGAUGAGCGCAACUGCUUGAGGCUAAGUGAGCGGAACGGCGAUGUGGGCACCGGGGUUCUGGAGGUCUACCGCAUCGGUCAACGGCAGUGGAUGCCCGCGUGUGUAAAGAACUGGGAUCGAGCAGUAUCGCCCAGCGCAGUGUGUUCCAUUCUGGGCUACUCGGCCGUGAAUGCCACCAGUGUCCUGACCCAACUUACUCACCGCCCACUGCUGGCCACGGUAAAUGUGUCCACAGACAUUUGGAAAAUGUACGCCAAAAGAAAGUCCACCUUGAUGCAAGAGUUUGCCAACUGCAAGAAGACGGAGGAUUAUCCUAUGGCCGAUCUAACGUGCUCCAAUUAUGAGUGCGGACGAGUAAAGCGGGGUAGACACAAGCCAUCCAGACGCAUCAUUGGAGGAACCCAAGCCAAUCCCGGCAAUUGGCCAUUCCUGGCUGCAAUUUUGGGCGGUCCGGAGAAAAUUUUCUACUGCGCAGGCGUCCUAAUAUCAGAUCAAUGGGUGCUCACAGCCUCACACUGCGUGGGAAACUAUAGCGUGAUCGAUUUGGAGGACUGGACUAUUCAGCUGGGCGUAACGCGUCGUAAUUCUUUCACCUACUCGGGUCAGAAGGUUAAGGUCAAGGCUGUAAUUCCGCAUCCGCAAUACAACAUGGCCAUUGCCCACGACAAUGACAUAGCUCUCUUCCAACUUGCCACGCGCGUUGCCUUUCAUGAACACCUGUUGCCCGUAUGUUUGCCGCCGCCGAGCGUGAGGAAUCUGCAUCCUGGCACCCUGUGCACGGUCAUUGGAUGGGGGAAGCGGGAGGACAAGGACCCCAAGUCGACGUAUGAGUACAUAGUGAACGAGGUGCAAGUGCCCAUCAUCACGCGUAAUCAGUGCGACGAAUGGCUGGACAACCUGACAGUGUCGGAGGGCAUGGUCUGUGCCGGGUUCGAUGACGGAGGCAAGGAUGCCUGUCAGGGAGAUUCGGGCGGUCCGCUGCUGUGUCCGUAUCCAGGGGAGAAGAAUCGCUGGUUCGUGGGCGGCAUAGUCUCCUGGGGCAUUAUGUGUGCGCAUCCUCGUCUGCCGGGCGUGUAUGCGAACGUGGUGCAAUAUGUGCCUUGGAUACAGGAGCAGAUUGCGAAGCACACACGCCCCAUUAAAGAGGACCGCGUUAACAAGUACGACCUGCAUCCAGGAGGACCCGACAUACUAUCCAAAAUAGCCACUGAUCCAAUGCGUGAGGGUACUCACCACUACACUCAUUCCAGGACGUCGUCCAAAAAUUAAUCCUUACCACGGCUUACAGAUUAGACUCUGCAAAAAGAGCCGCAGUCAGGACUAACUGGAACAGAGCAUAUCCAUGAAACGAUUGCACAAAUUACGAAAGUCACAUGGAACCCAUGUGUCCUGUAGGAUACAUACAUAUAUUUUGCUAUUGAACUUACGGUAUUAGCCAACCGACUAGUAUCGAUUUGGGCAACAUAAUCAUGUGUCAAUUUGCCGAAUUUAUUUGUCAAUUUUUUUACAAACAAAAUUUUUAUGAACCCGAAACCCCAGACAAUUUAUAACCCAGACAAACCGAAGAGGGGUACGAACACAUGUCAAUACAUAUUGCAAACGCGAUUUAUAUAUUAACACGUAAAAGGAAAAUAACUGUCAUGUACCCGAUAUCUAAUUAAUAAUUGUGUCUAAAUACCCCGAAACCCAGAAUAGAAUUCAAUUCUGUAGCUGAAUUUUGUGUUGAAAGGUUCCGGUCAAAAUGAAUCCUUUACUAUAAUAAGUAUUACUUGCGACGGGAAAAAUUAUGGUAAUCGAAAAAGAAUGCAGAAAAAUAUUGUGAAGUAUUGCUAUUGAGUGUUGAAAAUUAAAACAGGAGCAAAUAUAAGCAAAUCAAUUGUAGAAAAUGUAACUAUAACCAAACAAAAGAAAACAAGGAAUCAUUGCUGAUCUUGGGCAUUUGAUAGAUGUAGCAGUAGACUCCUCACCAAACCCAAAUAUGCUGUCUUAAAACAAUGAAUCUAAAAAAAAAAACAACAAUAAGAAAGUGCAGUUGACAAUAAUGAGAAAUGCACAAUAAGCAACUAAAUGCGUUUAGAUAUAAGUCAUGAAAAUAAUAACUACAAUGCGUGGGUUUCAGCUUUAAAGAACACAAACGAAUGGAAAAUCGUUGCGUCUGGCAGAUGUCAGAUGUCGGAUCACAGAUUAGAUCACGGAUUAGAAGGAAUAUACUUAUACACAUAGCAUACGAAUCGACUAUUUACGUGGUGAUCUACAGAAGGUAUACACCCUUCUAUGGUAGAAAUGUCAAUGUAACUUAAUAUUUAGAACUAUUUACACGCCAACGCACCUCGUUUGUCAAGCCCACUUAGACUGGCCGCUUAAAUCGAAGCUCGAGGUAUUGCCCUGAUUUCGAUCUCUACUCAUCCAUAACCCAGGUGUGUCAUCUGGAAGAUAUAAUGCUUGAGUGCAGACAUUCGUAGGCACGACUAUUUUGCAGAGGAAUCGCUCCUAAGAAAAUGUAAAAUACGCGUAACUAAAGACUCAAAAUCGGUUGUUUCAACAAACACAACACACAUAAACACACCGGAGCUUCGUGAUGUGUACAGCUUUGAUAUUGUUUUUGAGUUGGAACCGCAACAGAAGAGCAACCCGAAUUGGGUCGGAAUUUCAGGAGCUCCAUGUUAUUGACUUAUCGUUUCUAGUUUCUAGCUAAAACCUGUUGAAAUGCUUUAAAGAGAUUGCAAAUGUAUAACCGAUCACUACUAGAUCUAGUUGGACAUAUUAUGCCUAUCAAUAUAUAUGCAUGUUUUGUACAAUCAGUUUACAAGUGGAAAAGUAUUAUUAGUCUUAACGGGGGGUUAAAUGAAGCGCAUAUUACACAAGGCACACGAUGUUUUAGGCGGAACAUGAACACAAACCAAUAUGUAACUGAAAUAUAUACAAGAAAUAUACAUAUAACGGAUACAUACAUACAUAUAUUCUAUAUAUAUAUUGUAGUGCUAGCUUUUAAGCAGAUGUGAUGGUGUCUAAAUUUAUACAUGCAUAUUAUCAAGCGAAAAGUGUAAAGCUUAGAUUAUACUCGAGACAAAUCUGUGGGCUGUUGUAGAUCGAGCAUACUAGCUAUAAAAGCAGAGGACAGAUCCAGGACAAUACAAACUUAACAAAAAGAUAUACCCAUAUUAUAGAAACUAUGCUUCUAAACUUCGAUAUCGUACAGUGCAUCAAGACAUGUCCGUCUUUUCCUGGAACUCGCAGGGGUUUUACUACCAAGCGAGCCUGAAAUAGUAAAGUAAAGUUUUGUAUAAGCUUCAGAUGCAAUGGCGUGAAAUCACUGCAGAUUUCAGGAUCACAUCGGAUAAAUAUACAUAGUUUGUGUUUGAACUCAGGCAAGACUCCUUUGCUGUUGCCUUGAACAGUAAGCCACCCUUUCACCCUUUCAGUUUUCUGGGGUUCACUCUCCUAACCCUGAGCAUUUACGAUCACACGGAUCAUGGCGAGCUAUUUUUAUACACCCCAUGCUCCGGGCUACUAUCAAAACGCUUAGCUUUAUGUACAUUUAGACUAAAUCGAAACACAACCCAUAUAUUAUAUAUAUUGUAGAUGUAAAAUGCUUAGCAUUGGCGAUUGGAGUGAGUGAAAUAAUUUACACGCGUCAUAAAUAGCAGACUAGAUAAUUACUAAGUACAAUACGCAAACAGUUGAUACUCAAUCUCAGAAUCGCACAUCCUAGUUGAAAUUCUGCGCUUAACGGGGAUCGCCCCCAAGGAUUCGAUUCAGUUUCUCAUGCUCCAUGUGAAUGGAGGGACACUACAUACGAGAACAAGCCCCAAAAAACAAAGAACACAAGAAUUUGUAGCGAAAAUGUUAUGUGUAGCAAAACCAAAAACCAGGAGCUGAUUAAAAAACUAGUUGAAUUUAUAUGUGUCGCGCAUAAUAAUGAAGCAUAGUAUAUGUACUCACGUAUCAGAAUAUUAUAUGUAAAUGUUUAAAGACGAUCAUUUGAUGAAAAGCACUUGUUAUCUAUGCACAGACGGAACUUUGUGAAGAAUUUACAAUAACAAACUUUGACAAUAAAGACAAACUGAAUCUUUUCCUGUGGCUGGACCAGCGCAUCGGAGGCAUUGAGAAUUUAUGAAAAGUUUUACAUUCAGAUCUUGAAGUUUUGACGCGAAUCGAAUAUUGUUAAAAAUUUAUUUUUGAAAACACAGGGAGGAAACCAUGACAAUAAAGCCGGCAUAUCACCAAUGUCCGACAAUAACUGGGAAAGUGCAGUAACCUAAAUGUAACUACAUAAAGUACACGCAGACACGUAUAACCAACUAAAAGCUAAAAGCAACAUGUCAUACCAAACAUGAUAUAUACCUACAAACAUAUAUUAUAUAAAUGUUAAUAAAUAAAUGUAUAAAACCAUA